AUGCCAGACGUCAAGCGCACGAUUAAAAUCGUCACGGAGCAGCGUAUAUCUGUGGGCGGUGGUGACGACUGCGACUAUAUGCUGCCGUCGACGAUGCGCCGGGCUUUCACACCCUCCAAGAGAGACCACACGGACCCGAAUUCCGGUAUCGAAGGCUUUCCACUCCGCCGUUGGUCUGUCGAGAUAUUCCUCCUCAACGAGCAUGGAGAGACUAUUCCUGCAUCCCUAUUCCCAAAAGUAACAUACAAGCUACAUCCCAGUUUUGGAGACAGAGCUACCCAGGCUAUAAAAGCUCCUCCGUUCAGAAUUGAAGAGGAUGGAUGGGGAGAAUUUGAUAUGCAAAUUGUCUUGACUGCAGCUGAUAAAGACCAUACCAUUACGCAUGACCUGAACUUCCAGUCUAACAAGUAUGAAGCAAAGCAUGUAAUUACGUUCAAAAACCCAAAGUCACAACUCCUGGCCCAACUGCGUGAUUCGGGACCUGUCCCAGGUGACGAGAAUGGUGUGAAGAAGCGAAGUCAAGAUGAGGUGUCCAAGAAGAAGAAGCGAGUGGAUAAGAACAUCGAUAUGGAUAAGUUAGCGGAUGGUCUACAGAAGCUAGGAGAAGAUGACCUGCUUCAGGUUGUCCAGAUGGUGCAUGACAACAAGUCCUCGGACUCGUAUACCAAGAAUGAUAUUGAACAGGGAGAAUUCCACGUCGACUUAUAUACCCUCCCCGAUGCUCUGAUAAGAAUGCUCUGGGACUUCACACAGGAAAAGGGCGUAGUAUGA